UUUUGUGCUUGCUAAAUGGAACUUAAUUUAAUGUGGACAGGAAAUGGAGACGGUUCAAAAGGAAGUAACUCUCCUGAUGGGAACAAAGCCAAUGACUUUGCUUCCCAAAAAUCUCAUAGGGUAAACUUUGAUUGGAGAGAGUUUAGGGCAAAUUUAUUUGCUCAGGAGAAGGCAGGGAAGGCAGAAUCUGAUGCUCACAACCAAACUGGGACACCCCAGGAGUCAAAACCCCUUGGCCUGAAAUGGGCCCACCCUAUUCCUGUACCUGAGACUGGCUGUGUCCUUGUUGCCACAGAAAAACUUGAUGGAGUUCGAACCUUUGAAAGAACUGUCGUUCUUCUCCUCAGAUCUGGAACCAGACAUCCACAAGAGGGACCUUUUGGAGUUGUCAUAAACCGCCCACUUAACAAGAAGGUCAGGCACAUGAAGCCCACUAAUAUGGAAUUAGCCACCACUUUUGCUGAUUUUUCUCUUCAUUUUGGGGGACCCCUCGAGGCAAGCAUGUUUUUAUUAAAAACAGGGGAGAAAACAAAGCUUGAAGAGUUUGAAGAGGUAAUUCCUGGCCUGUGUUUUGGUGCUAGAAACAGUUUGGAUGAAGCUGCAGCACUUGUGAAGAAAGGGGUGCUGAAGCCUCAGGAUUUCAGAUUCUUUGUUGGUUAUGCUGGGUGGCAGCUAGAUCAGUUGAGGGAGGAGAUUGAAUCAGAUUAUUGGUAUGUGGCUGCAUGUAGUUCUAAUCUGAUUUGUGGGGGUUCAUCAGGUUCAUCAUCAGAAAGUUUAUGGGAGGAGAUUUUGCAGCUAAUGGGUGGUCAUUACUCGGAACUAAGCCGGAAGCCUAAGCGGGAUGUGUAGGUAAUUAUUAUGAGCCAUCGGUGUUCCCCAAAUCAAUAAACCAUUCCUGAAGCUAUAGCCAGAUAUAUAACUAAGGUAAUGAAGUUAAAUGUACAGAAACUCACAUCUUUGUUAAUUAGAAUCUCUUUUUUCUCCUCUCA